GCUUUGAGUCAGAUGAAGUUAUCUUUCUAAAGAUGGGAACGGCAGCAUUUUGUGUGUCUUUCAUAUUAACUGCCUUAGCCUCGUCUGUCCACUCUGCAUUGAAUGAUGUAGAUGGACGCUCUGGCUUUUAUUCGAAUGCAGUUGUUCAGAAUGUUUGGCCAGGCUUUACUAUGCUCACUGGUGGCCAUGGUGGGUUUUAUGACAAUAGCCAGUCUCCUAGCUUAAAUGAGCUUGAAUCUAGUUUUCCAUUGCCUUUACCAGUCUGGGACUUCAUGAACACAGGACCUAGCUUUGCUAUCAAGGUCAUGAACUCAUCUUGGAAUGGUCUUGCUAAGGCUAAUGUCUACCAAAGAGGAGAGCCAAUUUACCUGAAAGUAACUUCAAGUGUACCUGGUCAAGAGCUUUAUAUUCAUUCCUGCUAUGUUGCCCCAUCUCCAAACCCUGCUGAUAAAUCCAGAUAUGCCCUCAUCUUGAACAAAGGAUGUGUGUCCUCCAAACAGUCUGUGUUAAAGUUCAUCUCCAGACAGAGUGAUGCAGUUAACUUAAUUUUGGACACUUCCAAUUUGAAGUUCUCAAAGGUUUAUGUGCACUGUAGUGUGGUCCUCUCCAGUUUUGGGCUGACUUCAGACACCAAGUCUUGCAACUACAUUAAGAGCAAAUCCAGAUGGAUUGAUCUGGGUGGCCAGACAGAUGUAUGUGACUGCUGUGCCACAAAAUGCAGAGGAACUCCUUACUAUGAGGGUCUGUUCAAUGAGUUUAAAGCAAUGGUAAGCACUGGUCCAUUGACCAUCAAGGAACAGGAACAUGAGAAGCAGCUGUCUGUGUCAAACAGUACCUCAAUCACUGCCCCCCAGAUUGCAGCCUCAGCCACUUCUGCUAGAAAAGACUGGAUCAUGUCUGGAGCAUCACCUUUUACUGGAAAAGGAUGGAUUGUAUCUGGAGCUUCUGUGUCUGGCAGCUCUGUGCUCAAACACCCUCCCUUGAAGACCCAACCUCUAACUGGGGAUUUGAUCAUAAGUCUAGAACUAGGUACUCCAUCUUGGCUUCCAGGGCUUGUAGAUGUUCAACCAAACCCAGUACUGGAGAUGGGAAUUGGUUAUCCUAAGCAGAAGGGUAGAGCCAAAAUUACUAUGCUCAGUCAAAGCAGUGCUCCAGCUGAAUCUUUCUGGGGGAAACCAGAAGCUGACUUUGAAGCAACGAUGCAGAAAGAAGACCCAUCAAAGAUUUUUCCAGAGCUUGAAUCUAGACAUCAGGAACUUGCAAGUGUGGAUAAUGGUUAUGUGGCUGAUGCCCCAAGUUUGACAAAUGGACACUUUGGAGACAUACCUGAGCCAGUUUUGGGAGACUUCCAUCAAUCUAGUGAGGAACUGAGGGGUGAUGUAUUUACAAACUUCAGAGAGCCCCAGAUGGAGAACAUCCCUGAAAUGGAGAUCAAUUCUCUACAUGAAGUACCAAAAAGCAAGGUUUCUGAAGAGGUCCAAGACAAGGAUGAAGUUCUGGUCCUCACACAGACGGAAAUGUUCUUUAAGAAGGUUAAAGGAGAUGUAGAAGGCAAGCCAGAAUCUGUAAAGCGGUCCAAGCUGACCCUCACCCAGGCUUCAGAUGGAUCUAGUUUGCUCAGCUUUGAGGAACAGGAGAGGUCACCCACUGCAGGUGAAGAGGCAGUCAGGAAAGCCAUGUUAGAGCUGAAACAGAACAUGGUGGAAGAAAAGCUUGAAAGGUCAAAGAAACAAGAUACAGAGAAGGAACUGGUGUCAUCCCUGUUGGAUAUGUUGAGGGGAUUGAUUAAGAUGCCAUGACCUGUCCAUGAACAAGAACUUCUCUACAUCUUUAACCUAAUGUGUGCAAAUAAAGAUGAAGUAAACUGAA